AUGUCCUCACCAAUCUUAUCAAAUCUCGGAAAUGAACUGACAUCUGCUAAUAGUCAAAUCGAUCUUCCAUUGACGAACACCGAUAAUGCUAUCCAAUAUACGGAUCUAGAUCCCAGCGAAUUUGAAACUGCGGAUCAUUUACCGGGGGAAUUUGGUCAUGAAAUUUCGGAUUAUUUACCAGAAGAAUACGCAGAGCUUUCUGUGAUUGGACCAGAGAUAUUUCCUCGCUACGAUGACGGUAUGUAUCGUCGUCGCCGUUAUGAUGAUGAAUAUUUUCGCCGUCGUUACUAUCGUAGAAAGUAUCAGAAAGAUUGGUAUAGAUAUCGUCAAAGAUAUUAUCGUAGACGCCUUGAUCCAGAAGAAAUUUAA